CACCUCGUGUCUUUUGAUUUUUGGCGCGUCAUCCAUUCCAUGUAGGCUAGCAAUAAGGUGGAGUCAUCAAACAAAACAGUUGCGAAAAGUUUUGACAUUGGACCUCGACAUAUGAACAACUUAUUAUUCUUGUCCCAACGUCGUUGACAGCCGUAACACCUACAGCUUGUAAGAUGACACCAGCAGCUUUGACCAGGCGCACAGGGGUGUUUCAUUGAGAAGUGGACGUAGCCUACGUUCUUAUUGCACAUUUUCCGUUUAGCGGACCUGAGAAGAUAACUUGCAAAAGAGGAGGGAACCAUGAACAGUCUGGUAGAAACAGAGGACGACCAAUACAGUCCAAUACAUCUCACUGGGCUCGGAAUAUGUUGCCUCCUCAGUCCCAAACAGCACCACGAUGGGCCUGGUCUGGAGAGCCCACAGCAGUACACCAAAUGGCUCCCCAGCCGCCACGAGGCCAGCCUGCUGCCCAUGAGAGAGGACCUGGCUCUCUGGCUCAACAUGUUUCUGGACUCUGAGGUCACGGCUGACAGCCUGAUGGACAGGCUGGAUAAUGGGGUUCUGCUGUGCCAGCUGGCCGAGGAGCUACAGGAGAGGAUGAUCCAAGCCAGCAAUGGCAAGACCUUCGUACGCAGGGUGAUUCAUUGGCGAGCUGAUGCUGCUUCUGGCUCUUUCUUUGCCCGGGACAACACUGCCAACUUCCUCUACUGGUGUCGGAAGAUUGGUGUGGAUGAGACCUACCUGUUUGAGUCUGAAGGCUUGGUGCUCCACAAACAGCCUCGGGAGGUGUGUCUCUGUCUUAUGGAGCUGGGAAGGAUUUCAGCCAGGUAUGGUGUGGAGCCCCCAGGGUUGGUGAAGCUGGAGAGAGAGAUAGAUAGGGAGGAGGGAGGUUCUCUCACCUCAUCAUCACCUCUGGCCUUCCCCUCACCCACAACUCUUCCCUUAAUCUUACCGCUGCUCCGUGCUCCUACACCCCCUGCUUCUGUAUCCCCACCUCCCAGUCCAAGCCCACCCCCUUCUCAAGCCCCAGUAGACCCUACUCCUCCAACUUCCAUCUCAUCCUCGUCAACCACCACUAGCACAACUUCCACUCAAACCUCAUCUGUUACCAUCGUCACAACCUCCACUCAGACCCCUCCCACAACACCAACCACAGAUCCUAUCUCAGCCCUGAGCCUUACAGAGACCCCUGUCUCCCCCUCUCCACCUCCUCCUUCACAUCCUCCACCACUGCCGUCACCUCCAUCACAACCAUUACCCUCUCCCUCACCUAAGCCCAAGGCGCGUCGUCCAAGCAAAUCAUCUGCUAAGAAAACGCCAAGCACAUGCGACUUGUUGGAUGACAUAGUGAGAAACAUUAUCGAGGACUCACCAUGCAGCUGCCCCACUAAGUUCCCUGUGGAGAAGCAUCCCAAAGGAUGCUACCGUGUCGGGGAGAAGGUCCUCUACGUACGAAUGCUGAAUGAACGUCAUGUGAUGGUGCGCAUCGGGGGAGGCUGGGAGACCUUGGGAUGUUACCUGCUGAAGCAUGACCCCUGCCGGAGUCCACCGGUCACCCCGGUCAGGACCUGUCGGGCCAAAGGAAAGUCCCCCAACAUGAAGGACUUGUCACCAGACAACUAUAUGGUGGUGGGGGCACACUACCGUGCCAAUAAAUAAAACAGGAAUCUGUUCAACCAUAACAGAUAACUGACACCACAACCUAGCAAUGAAGCUUCCUGGUUAUUCUGAGCAUAUCAAGGUUUUUUCUGGAGAUGUAUUAUUAUCUGUUAGGUUGGGUUUAGUGGUUCACAUGUAUGUAGAAAGGUAUAUUUUAUCAUCUAAAGGAUUUCAACAAAAUAUGGUGUUAUUUUUAAGGUUUGUUUGAAAAAGUGAUCUUAUCUGUAAAAAUCUAUCCUGUCGUCUUGAAAAGAGUUGAUCCAGAAUGGCUAGUAUAGCUGAGGGGUAAUGGUGUUUAUAGUUGUAUUUUAAUAUAUUGGAUGAGGGCUCAUCUCAAGACUGUCCAGUCAUUUCUCUAUAAGAAUUGUUUUAUUGUACUAUAAGAUAUUUUUGAUAGUACCCUGAGAGAAGACGAUAUAGGGAUCAUUUAUUAAAUGUUUAUUUUUCAGUAUUUUAUGUAUAUUUUGGAAUGUACUCUGAUUGAAUAUCAUGUAAUGACAUCACAUUUGUACCGUUUUUCAUGCCCAUGCAAACUAUGAAUGUAUCUGUAGUCAGUUGUUCAAUGGUUAGCUACUACCCUGCAGCAUUGACUCUUCCUCGGUUGCUGGAAUAAACACGACUGAGGACACAGCCACAAAAUACUCAACUCUCCUCUAGGUGGCAUCAUGUCAUAAGAAAUAGAUGGUACAAGCAACACCUAGCCCAGGGUUUCUUAGCAGCUAUGGCUGCAUUUAGACAUACGGCAUAAUUACGAUAUUGUUUUGACCAAUCAGAUCAGCCCUAAUAAUUAUCUAAUGUGAAACGAUCUGCGAUUGGUCAAAAUACCUAUUGGUGGGGAAAAAAUAUCAGAAUUGGGCUGCCUGUCUAAAUGCAGCCUAAUUUUUUAUUGUCAAAUCAUGGCAUUCAUGUAAUUCCUCUGAAAAAUGUGCCACAUGUCCAACCAAAACUUUACUGCAGUGGUUGCAAGAACCAUAAUAGCCUAUUUGAUUAUACUCUCUAUGAGUGUGAAAUAGUGUACAUGUAAGCCCAGA